CAUUCCUUUAUCAUCCGCAAUGGAAAAAACUCCUCAAGAUCCAAAACCCGCCACCGUCUCCGCCGCCGCCGACGGCGUUUCAGCCGGGAAAACGAAGCAAAUGUGGGACUGCGGAAGCUCUCUCUACGACUCUUUCGAGCUGAGGUCAUUCGAGCGCCAGCUCAACUCAGCUAUAGAUUCUAGAAGCUUCUCGAUGCCCCAUUUACCCGACAACCGCAGCCGCCGGACCAUACAGCUUCACCCGCCGCCGCCGCCGAAGGGAGCGCACUCGUCUCCGUCGUCCAAGAUUUCUCGGUCCUUCCAGAAGCUUCUCAAAUCCGUUUUCCGGCACAAACCUCCUGCCGUCGACGGUAACGGUGGCGCUAAGCAGCAGCGCCAGCAGCAAUUCCGAGCCGCGGAGGCUUCUCGGGAUGGGUUGCUUAAGGCCAUUUGUGAGAAGCCCGGUGACGUGCCGGAGCUUUUGACGAUCCCGGAGGUCCCGGAGUACAAUAUGCUCUCGCCGGAGAUCAGAUCGUUGGUGCGGCGGACGCCGUCCGAGCGGUUUAUGGCUUCUUCCACUAUUGGUAUUUCAUGCGCUUAAUAAAUCUGGAGUAACACUAAUAAUAAUAAAAUAAUUAGCGAGAAAGUGGUCUCCGAUCGAGUCUCUGAUACAGGAAGUCUCGAGUUCGAAACUCCUCUUAUCCGAUCCCUAGAGUAACAAAAGAAAAAAGGGGAAGUAUAUACUUUGUGUUAAUUUGGUACAGCACUACAGCAUAUGUAAAUUUUUAUGUCUAAAGCUAUUUUAUAAUAUCCCGUCAGCAAAUACUUGUAUAUACUUAAUUGUGGAGUGUUAUAAGCUAUUAAUAGUAUCAUGUGUUUGGUUUAGUGAUAGAGGUGUCUAUAAAUGCAUUCAAGUGUCCGUUUGAUUUCUAUAUAAGGAACAAUUUUGUUUUGAAAUAUUUUCAUUCAACCACUUACAUCACUCUCCAGUC